UUCUAUAAAAGCGUCUUAUGAUCAUCCAAUAUCCCCUACUUCCACAUUUAUAUCCUAAACUCACCCAACAUGCUCUCUCGUGUACUCCGUAACAACUCUCGUCUUCUCAGGCCAACCGCGCCCUCCCUCCGUCUCCGUGCGCUUUCGACCACCCCAGUCAGGCUCAAUGUCCAGGAAAUCACACGCCCAGCGAUUGAUACUCCCCUUUCUCUCUGGAACUUCACAGAGGAAGAGAAUAUGCUUCGGGAGACCGUGAGGCGAUUUGCUCAGGAUGUCAUCGGGCCAAAGGUACGGGAAAUGGACGAAAAAGAAAUAAUGGACCCAGCAAUCAUCCAAGGAUUGUUCGACAAUGGCCUGAUGGGAAUCGAGACCUCAGCUGAUCAUAGCGGCUCCGAGUGCUCCUUCACAUCUGCCAUCAUUGCAGUCGAGGAACUCGCACGUGUCGACCCUUCUGUAGCAGUGUUAUGUGACGUGCACAACACUCUUGUCAACACAGUCAUUCGUCUGUAUGGUAAUGCUGAAAUUCAACAAAAGUGGCUUCCAGACCUUGCUACUAAGAAGGUCGGCUCCUUCUGUCUUUCAGAACCCAAUGCUGGAUCAGAUGCUUUCGCCCUUCAGACCACCGCCAAGUUGGAUUCUAGCGGAGACUUCUACGUGCUUAACGGAAGCAAGAUGUGGAUUUCCAACUCUGCGGAAGCCGAGACAUUCUUGGUGUUUGCCAACGUAGACCCUUCAAAGGGGUAUAAGGGAAUUACCUGUUUCAUUAUGAGCAAAGAUAUGGGCGUUGAGAUCGCGAAGAAGGAGGCGAAGCUUGGUAUCCGAGCGUCGUCAACAUGUCUUCUCAAUUUUGACGAUGUCAAAAUCCCCAAAGAGAACGUUGUUGGAGAAAUCGGUAAAGGUUACAAGAUUGCGAUUGAGAUCCUCAACGAAGGACGUAUCGGUAUCGCAGCCCAAAUGAUCGGUCUUGCUCAAGGCGCUUUCGAGAAGAGCCUUGAGUAUGCUUACCAACGCAAGCAAUUUGGAAAGCCAGUUGGAGAGUUCCAGGGAAUGAGUUUCCAGUUCGCAGAAGUGGCUACUGAGAUUGAAGCAGCAAGGCUCUUGACUUACAAUGCCGCGAGACUCAAGGAGGAAGGAAGGCCGUUCACAAAGGAAGCCGCGAUGGCCAAGUAUUAUGCAUCUGUUAUCGCCCAGAAGGCGGCCGGAUCUGCCAUCGAGUGGGCAGGUGGCCAAGGAUUCGUUCGAGAGGUUGGUCUUGAAAAGUACUGGCGAGACUCCAAGAUCGGUGCCAUCUACGAAGGUACAAACAAUAUCCAGCUUGAUACUAUUGCCAAAUUCUUGCGCAAGGAGUAUCAGAAGUAAGGGUACGAAGCAGUAGUGUCUGUAACAGAAUAGGAGUAACUAGGCGACCGCUGUACGAUACGGAAGAAGUUAUGACACUCGGUCUCCUGUCAAUGCGAUGAUCAAUGCAUACAUAAAGUCCCCAAAAACAGAAUGAUUGAUAUUUUAUUUUAUUGUUGAAAGUAUUUGAGGCCUGGUACAGACGAUGGUGUGACGAAAUCGCCCAGAAGGCGUCGCAUGUCUGUGACUGUGGUAUCAAGGAAUGCGUGAUAUGAUUGUUUAUGC